AUGGACAUGGACGUGGACGUGGACGUGGACGUGGACGUGGACUUGGACGUGGACAUGGACGUGGACGUGGACGUGGACGUGGUCGUGGACGUGGACGUGGACAUAGACGUGGACGUGGACGUGGACGUGAACAUGGACGUGGACGUGGACGUGGACGUGGACGUGGUCGUGGACGUGGUCGUGGACGUGGAGGACUUCGUCGUGGUCGUGGACGUGGACGUGGAGGACUUGGACAUGGACAUGGACGUGGACAUGGACGUGGACGUAGACAUGGACGUGGACGUGGACGUGGACAUGGACGUGGACGUGGACGUGGACGUGGACGUGGACGUGGACGUGGACAUGGACGUGGACGUGGACGUGGACGUGGACAUGGACGUGGACGUGGUCGUGGACGUGGACGUUGACAUGGACAUGGACGUGGACGUGGACGUGGACGUGGACGUGGACGUGGACAUGGACGUGGACGUGGACGUGGACGUGGUCGUGGACGUGGAGGACUUGGACGUGGACGUGGACGUGGACUUGGUCGUGGUCGUGGACGUGGACGUGGACGUGGUCGUGGUCGUGGACGUGGUCGUAGACGUGGACGUGGGUCGUCCACGACGUGGACUUGGACGUGGACAUGGACGUGGACGUGGACCUGGACGUGGUCGUGGACGUGGACGUGGACAUGGUCGUGGACGUGGACGUGGACGUGGACGUGGACGUGGACGUGGACGUGGACGUGGACGUGGACGUGGACGCGGACGUGGACGUGGACGUGGACGUGGACGUGGACGUGGACGUGGACGUGGACGCGGACGUGAACACGUGGACGUGGACGUGGACGUGGACGUGGACGUGGACGUGGACGUAGACGUGGACGUAGACGUGGACGUGGACGUGGACGUGGACGUGGACGUAGACGUGGACGUGGACGUGGACGUGGACGUGGACGUGGACGUGGACGUGGACGUGGACGUGGACGUGGACGUGGACAUGGACGUGGACGUGGACGUGGACGUGGAGGUGGACGUGGACGUGGACGUGGAGGUGGACAUGGAGGUGGACAUGGACGUGGACGUGGACGUGGACGUGGACGUGGACGUGGACGUGGACGUGGACGUGGACGUGGACAUGGACGUGGACGUGGUCGUGGACGUGGACGUGGACAUGGACGUGGACAUGGACGUGGACAUGGACGUGGACGUGGACGUGGACGUGGACGUGGACGUGGACGUGGACGUGGACGUGGACGUGGACGUGGACGUUGACGUGGACGUGGACGUGGACGUGGACGUGGACGUGGACGUGGACGUGGACGUGGACGUGGACGUGGACGUGGACCUGGUCGUGGACGUGGACCUGGUCGUGGACGUGGACGUGGACGUGGACGUGGACGUGGAAGUGGACGUGGACGUGGACGUGGUCGUGGACGUGGACGUGGACGUGGUCGUGGACGUGGACGUGGACGUGGGCAUGGACGUGGACGUGGACGUGGACGUGGUCAUGGACGUGGAGGACUUGGACGUGGACGUGGACGUGGACGUGGUCGUGGACGUGGACGUGGACGUGGUCGUGGUUGUGGACGUGGACGUAGACGUGGACGUGGUCGUCCACGACGUGGACGUAGACGUGGACGUGGACGGAGACGUGGACGUGGUCGUCCACGACGUGGACGGGGACGUGGACGUGGACGUGGACGUGGACGUGGUCGUGGUCGUGGACGUGGACGUAGACGUGGACGUGGUCGUCCACGACGUGGACGUAGACGUGGACGUGGACGGAGACGUGGACGUGGUCGUCCACGACGUGGACGUGGACGUGGACGUGGACGUGGGGACGCGGACGUGGACGCGGACGUGGACGCGGACGUGGACGCGGACGUGGACGCGGACGUGGACGCGGACGUGGACGCGGACGUGGACGCGGACGUGGACGCGGACGUGGACGCGGACGUGGACGCGGACGUGGACGCGGACGUGGACGCGGACGUGGACGCGGACGUGGACGCGGACGUGGACGCGGACGUGGACGCGGACGUGGACGCGGACGUGGACCGCGGACGUGGACGCGGACGUGGACGCGGACGUGGACGCGGACGUGGACGCGGACGUGGACGCGGAUGUGGACGCGGACGUGGACGUGGACGUGGACGUGGACGUCGACGUGGUCGUGGACGUGGUCGUGGACGUGGACCUGGACGUGGACCUGGACGUGGACGUGGACCUGGACGUGGACGUGGUCCUGGAUGUGGACGUGGUCGUGGACGUGGACGUGGUCGUGGCCGUGGACGUGGUCGUGGACGUGGACGUGGUCGUGGACGUGGACGUGGUCGUGGACGUGGAUGUGGACGUGGACCUGGACGUGGACGUGGACGUGGACGUGGACGUGGACGUGGACGUGGACGUGGACGUGGACGACGUGGACGUGGACGUGGACGACGUGGACGUGGACGUGGACGUGGACGUGGACGUGGACGUGGACGACGUGGACGUGGACGUGGACGUGGACGUGGACAUGGACGUGGACGUGGAUGUGGAGGUGGACGUGGAGGUGGACGUGGACGUGGACGUGGACGUGGACGUGGAGGUGGACGUGGACGUGGACGUGGACGUAGACGUUGACCUGGACGUGGACGUGGACGUGGACGUGGACGUGGACAUGGACGUGGACGUGGACGUGGAGGACUUGGACGUGGACAUGGACGUGGACGUGGACGUGGACGUGGACAUGGACUUGGACGUGGACGUGGACAUGGACGUGGACGUGGACAUGGACAUAGACGUGGACGUGGACAUGGAGGCCUUGGACGUGGACAUGGACGUGGACGUGGACGUGGACAUGAACGUGGACGUGGACAUGGACGUGGACAUGGACGUGGAUGUGGGACGUGGACACAUGGACGUGGACGUGGACAUGGACGUGGACGUGGACGUGGACAUGGACGUGGACGUGGACGUGGACGUGGACGUCGACGUGGAGGUGGACAUGGACGUGGACGUGGACAUGGACGUGGACGUGGACGUGGACGUGGACGUGGACGUGGAGGUGGACAUGGACGUGGACAUGGUCGUGGACGUGGACGUGGACAUGGACGUGGACAUGGACGUGGACGUGGACGUGGACGUGGACGUGGACGUGGAUGUGGACGUGGACGUGGACGUGGACGUGGACGUGGACCUGGACGUGGUCGUGGACGUGGACGUGGACGUGGACGUGGACGUGGACGUGGACCUGGACGUGGUCGUGGACGUGGACCUGGACGUGGACAUGGACGUGGACAUGGACGUGGACAUGGACGUGGACAUGGACGUGGACGUGGACGUGGACGUGGACGUGGACGUGGACGUGGACGUGGACGUGGACGUUGACGUGGACGUGGACGUGGACGUGGACGUGGACGUGGACGUGGACGUGGACGUGGACGUGGACGUGGACCUGGUCGUGGACGUGGACCUGGUCGUGGACGUGGACGUGGACGUGGACGUGGACGUGGAAGUGGACGUGGACGUGGACGUGGUCGUGGACGUGGACGUGGACGUGGACGUGGACGUGGACGUGGACGUGGGCAUGGACGUGGACGUGGACGUGGACGUGGUCAUGGACGUGGAGGACUUGGACGUGGACGUGGACGUGGACGUGGUCGUGGACGUGGACGUGGACGUGGUCGUGGACGUGGACGUGGACGUGGUCGUGGUUGUUGACGUGGACGUAGACGUGGACGUGGUCGUCCACGACGUGGACGUAGACGUGGACGUGGACGGAGACGUGGACGUGGACGUCCACGACGUGGACGUGGACGUGGACGUGGACGUGGACGUGGACGUGGACGUGGUCACGUGGACGUGGUCGUCCACGACGUGGACGUGGACGUGGACGUGGACGUGGACGCGGACGUGGACGUGGACGUGGACGUGGACGUGGACGUGGACGUGGACGUGGACGUGGACGCGGACGUGGACGUGGACGUGGACGUGGACGUGGACGUGGACGUGGACGCGGACGUGGACGCGGACGUGGACGCGGACGUGGACGUGGACGUGGACGUGGACGUGGACGUGGACGUGGACGGGACGUGGACGUGGACGUGGACGUGGACGUGGACGUGGACGUGGACGUGGACGUGGACGUGGACGUGGACGUGGACGUGGACGUGGACGUGGACGUGGACGUGGACGUGGACGUGGACGGACGUGGACGCGGACGUGGACGUGGACGUGGACGUGGACGUGGACGCGGACGUGGACGUGGACGUGGACGGGACGUGGACGUGGACGUGGACGUGGACGUGGACGUGGACGUGGACGCGGACGUGGACGUGGACGUGGACGUGGACGUGGACGUGGACGUGGACGUGGACGUGGACGUGGACGUGGACGUGGACGUGGACGUGGACGUGGACGUGGACGUGGACGGGACGUGGACGUGGACGUGGACGUGGACGUGGACGUGGACGUGGACGUGGACGUGGACGUGGACGUGGACGCGGACGUGGACGUGGACGUGGACGGACGUGGACGUGGACGUGGACGUGGACGUGGACGUGGACGUGGACGGGACGUGGACGUGGACGUGGACGUGGACGUGGACGUGGACGUGGACGUGGACGUGGACGUGGACGUGGACGUGGACGUGGACGUGGACGUGGACGUGGACGUGGACGUGGACGUGGACGAGGACGUGGACGUGGACGUGGACGUGGACGUGGACGUGGACGUGGACGUGGAUGGACGUGGACGUGGCGGACGUGGACGUGGACGUGGACGUGACGUGGACGUGGACGUGGACCGGGACGUGGACGUGGACGUGGACGUGGACGUGGACGUGGACGUGGACGUGGACGUGGACGUGGACGUGGACGUGGACGUGGACGUGGACGUGGACGUGGACGUGGACGUGGACCUGGACGUGGACGUGGACGUGGAUGUGGACGUGGACGUGGACGUGGACGUGGACGUGGACGUGGACGUGGUCGUGGACGUGGACGUGGUCGUGGACGUGGACGUGGACGUGGACGUGGACGUGGACGUGGACUGGACGUGGACGUGGACGUGGACGUGGACGUGGACGUGGACGUGGACGUGGACGUGGACGUGGACGUGGACGACGUGGACGUGGACGUGGACGACGUGGACGUGGACGUGGACGUGGACGUGGACGUGGACGACGUGGACGUGGACAUGGACGUGGACGUGGACAUGGACGUGGACGUGGACGUGGACGUGGACGUGGACGUGGACGUGGACGUGGACGUGGACGUGGACGUGGACGUGGACGUGGACGUGGACGUGGACGUGGACGUGGACGUGGACCUGGACGUGGACGUGGACUGGACGUGGACGUGGACGUGGACAUGGACGUGGACGUGGACGUGGAGGACGUGGACGUGGACGUGGACGUGGACGUGGACGUGGACGUGGACAUGGACGUGGACGUGGACGUGGACGUGGACGUGGACGUGGACGUGGACAUGGACGUGGACGUGGACGUGGAGGCCUUGGACGUGGACAUGGACGUGGACGUGGACGUGGACGUGACGUGGACGUGGACGUGGACGUGGACAUGGACGUGGACGUGGACGUGGACGUGGACAUGGACGUGGACGUGGACGUGGACGUGGACGUGGACGUGGACAUGGACGUGGACGUGGACGUGGACAUGGACGUGGACGUGGACGUGGACGUGGACAUGGACGUGGACGUGGAUAUGGACGUGGACGUGGACGUGGACAUGGACGUGGACGUGGACGUGGACGUGGACGUGGACGUGGACGUGGACGUGGACGUGGACGUGGACGUGGACGUGGACGUGGACGUGGACGUGGACGUGGACGUGGACUGGACGUGGACGUGGACGUGGACGUGGACGUGGACAUGGACGUGGACAUGGACGUGGACGUGGACGUGGACGUGGACGUGGACGUGGACGUGGACGUGGACGUGGACGUGGACGUGGACGUGGACGUGGACGUGGACUGGACGUGGACGUGGACGUGGACGUGGACGUGGACGUGGACGUGGACGUGGACGUGGACGUGGACGUGGACGUGGACAUGGACGUGGACGUGGACGUGGACGUGGACGUGGACGUGGACGUGGACGUGGACGUGGACGUGGACGUGGACGUGGACGUGGCUGUGGACAUGGACGUGGACGUGGACGUGGACGUGGACGUGGACGUGGACGUGGACGUGGGUGGACUUGGACGUGGACAUGGACGUGGACGUGGACGUGGACGUGGACGUGGACGUGGACGUGGACGUGGACGUGGACGUGGACGUGGACGUGGACGUGGACGUGGACGUGGACGUGGACGUGGACGUGGACGUGGACGUGGACGUGGACAUGGACGUGGACGUGGACGUGGACGUGGACAUGGACGUGGACGUGGACGUGGACGUGGACGUGGACGUGGACGUGGACGUGGACGUGGACGUGGACGUGGACGUGGGUGGACGUGGACGUGGACGUGGACGUGGACGUGGACGUGGACGUGGACGUGGACGUGGACGUGGACGUGGACGUGGACGUGGACGUGGACGUGGACAUGGACGUGGACGUGGACAUGGACGUGGACGUGGACGUGGACGUGGACAUGGACGUGGACGUGGACGUGGACGUGGACGUGGACGUGGACGUGGACGUGGACGUGGACGUGGACGUGGACGUGGACGUGGACGUGGACGUGGACGUGGACGUGGACGUGGACGUGGACGUGGACGUGGACGUGGACGUGGACGUGGACGUGGACGUGGACGUGGACGUGGACGUGGACGUGGACGUGGACGUGGACGUGGACGUGGACGUGGACGUGGACGUGGACGUGGACGUGGACGUGGACGUGGACGUGGACGUGGACGUGGACGUGGACGUGGACGUGGACGUGGACGUGGACGUGGACGUGGACGUGGACAUGGACGUGGACGUGGACAUGGACGUGGACAUGGACGUGGACGUGGACGUGGACGUGGACGUGGACGUGGACGUGGACGUGGACGUGGACGUGGACGUGGACGUGGACUGGACUGGACGUGGACGUGGACGUGGACGUGGACGUGACGUGGACGUGGACGUGGACGCGGACGUGGACGUGGACGUGGACGUGGACGUGGACGUGGACGUGGACGUGGACGUGGACGUGGACGUGGACGUGGACGUGGACGCGGACGUGGUCGACGACGUGGACGUGGACGUGGACGUGGACGUGGACGUGGACGCGGACGUGGACGUGGACGUGGACGUGGUGGACGUGGACGUGGACGUGGACGUGGACGGGACGUGGACGUGGACGUGGACGUGGACGUGGACGUGGACGUGGACACGUGGACGUGGACGUGGACCUGGACGUGGACGUGGACGUGGACGUGGACGUGGACGUGGACGUGGACGUGGACGUGGACGUGGACGUGGUGGUGGACGUGGACGUGGACGUGGACGUGGACGUGGACGUGGACGUGGACGUGGACCUGGACGUGGACGUGGACUGGACGUGGACGUGGACGUGGACCUGGACGUGGACGUGGACGUGGACGUGGACGUGGACGUGGACGUGGACGUGGACGUGGACGUGGACGACGUGGACGUGGACGUGGACGACGUGGACGUGGACGUGGACGUGGACGUGGACGUGGACGACGUGGACGUGGACGUGGACGUGGACGUGGACGUGGACGACGUGGACGUGGACGUGGACGUGGACGUGGACGUGGACGUGGACGUGGACGUGGAGUGGACGUGGACGUGGACGUGGACGUGGACGUGGACGUGGACGUGGACGUGGACGUGGACGUGGACGUGGACGUGGACGUGGACGUGGACGUGGACGUGGACGUGGACGUGGACGUGGACGUGGACGUGGACGUGGACUUGGACGUGGACUUGGACGUGGACUUGGACGUGGACGUGGACGUGGACGUGGACGUGGACGUGGACGUGGACGUGGUCGGACGUGGACGUGGACGUGGACGUGGACGUGGACGUGGACGUGGACGUGGACGUGGACGUGGACGUGGACGUGGACGUGGACGUGGACGUGGACGUGGACGUGGACGUGGACGUGGACGUGGACGUGGACGUGGACGUGGACGUGGACGUGGACGUGGACGUGGACGUGGACGUGGACGUGGACAUGGACGUGGACGUGGACGUGGACGUGGACGUGGACGUGGACGUGGACGUGGACGUGGACGUGGACGUGGACGUGGACGUGGACGUGGACGUGGACGUGGACGUGGACGUGGACAUGGACGUGGACGUGGACGUGGACGUGGGGGUGGACGUGGACGUGGACAUGGACGUGGGGGUGGACGUGGACGUGGACGUGGACGUGGACGUGGACGUGGACGUGGACGUGGACGUGGACGUGGACGUGGACGUGGACGUGGACGUGGACGUGGACGUGGACGUGGACGUGGACGUGGACGUGGACGUGGACGUGGACGUGGACGUGGACGUGGACGUGGACGUGGACGUGGACGUGGACGUGGACGUGGACGUGGAACGUGAUGACGUGGACGUGGACGUGGACGUGGACGUGGACGUGGACGUGGACGUGGACGUGGACGUGGACGUGGACGUGGACGUGGACGUGGACGUGGACGUGGACGUGGACGUGGACGUGGACGUGGACGUGGACGUGGACGUGGACGUGGACGUGGACGUGGACGUGGACGUGGACGUGGACGUGGACGUGGACGUGGACGUGGACGUGGACGUGGACGUGGACGUGGACGUGGACGUGGACGUGGACGUGGACGUGGACGUGGACGUGGACGUGGACGUGGACGUGGACGUGGACGUGGACGUGGACGUGGACGUGGACGUGGACGUGGACGUGGACGUGGACGUGGACGUGGACGUGGACUGGACGUGGACGUGGACGUGGACGUGGACGUGGACGUGGACGUGGACGUGGACGGGACGUGGACGUGGACGUGGACGUGGACGUGGACGUGGACGUGGACGUGGACGUGGACGUGGACGUGGACGUGGACACGUGGACGUGGACGUGGACGUGGACGUGGAACGUGGACGUGGACGUGGACGUGGACGUGGACGUGGACAUGGACGUGGACGUGGACGUGGACGUGGACGUGGACGUGGACGUGGACGUGGACGUGGACGUGGACGUGGACGUGGACGUGGACGUGGGUGUGGACGUGGACGUGGACGUGGACGUGGACGUGGACGUGGACGUGGGUGUGGACGUGGACGUGGACGACGUGGACGUGGAGUGGACGUGGACGUGGCGUGGACGUGGACGUGGACGUGGACAUGGACUGGGUGGACGUGGACGUGGACGUGGACGUGGACGUGGACGUGGACGUGGACGUGGACGUGGACGUGGACGUGGACGUGGACGUGGACGUGGACGUGGACGUGGACGUGGACGUGGACGUGGACGUGGACGUGGACUGGACGUGGACGGGACGUGGACGUGGACGUGGACGUGGACGUAUGGGUGGACGGGUGGACGUGGGGUGGACGUGGACGUGGACGUGGACGUGGACGUGGACGUGGACGUGGACGUGGACGUGGACGUGGACGUGGACGUGGACGUGGACGUGGACGGUGGACGUGGACGUGGACGUGGACGUGGACGUGGACGUGGACGUGGACGUGGACGGGACGUGGACGUGGACGUGGACGUGGACGUGGACGUGGACGGUGGACGUGGACGUGGACGUGGACGUGGACGUGGACGUGGACGGGACGUGGACGUGGACGUGGACGUGGACGUGGACGUGGACGUGGACGUGGACGUGGACGUGGACGUGGACGUGGACUGGACGUGGACGUGGACGUGGACGUGGACGUGGACGUGGACGUGGACGUGGACGUGGACGUGGACGUGGACGUGGGACGUGGACGUGGACGUGGACGUGGACGUGGACGUGGACGUGGACGUGGACGUGGACGUGGACGUGGACGUGGACAUGGACGUGGACGUGGACGUGGACGUGGACUGGACAUGGACGUGGACGUGGACGUGGACGUGGACGUGGACGUGGACGUGGACGUGGACGUGGACGUGGACGUGGACGUGGGACGGGACGUGGACGUGGACGUGGACGUGGACGUGGACGUGGACGUGGACGUGGACGUGGACGUGGACGUGGACGUGGACGUGGACGUGGACGUGGACGUGGACGUGGAGUGGACGUGGACGUGGACGUGGACGACUGGACGUGGACGUGGACGUGGACGUGGACGUGGACUGGACGUGGACGUGGACGUGGACGUGGACGUGGACGUGGACGUGGACGUGGACGUGGACGGACGUGGACGUGGACGUGGACGUGGACGGGACGUGGACGUGGACGUGGACGACGUGGACGUGGACGUGGACGUGGACGUGGGGACGUGGACGUGGGACGUGGACGUGGACGUGGACGUGGACGUGGACGUGGACGUGGACGACGUGGACGUGGACGUGGACGUGGACGGUGGACGUGGACGGGUCGUCGUGGACAUGGACGUGGACGUGGACGUGGACGUGGACGUGGACGUGGACGUGGACGUGGACGUGGACGUGGACGUGGAAGUGGACGUGGACGUGGACGUGGACGUGGACGGACGUGGACGUGGACGUGGACGUGGACGUGGACGUGGACGUGGACUGUGGACGUGGACGUGGACGUGGACGGGACGUGGACGUGGACGUGGACGUGGACGUGGACGUGGACGUGGACGUGGACGUGGACGUGGACGGGUGGGACGUGGACGUGGACGUGGACGUGGACGUGGACGGGACGUGGACGUGGACGUGGACGUGGACGUGGGACGUGGACGUGGACGUGGACGUGGACGUGGACGUGGACGUGGACGUGGACGUGGACGUGGACGUGGACGUGGACGUGGACGUGGUCGUGGACGUGGACGUGGACGUGGACGUGGACGUGGACGUGGACUGGACGUGGACGUGGACGUGGACGUGGACGUGGACGUGGAUGGGACGUGGACAGUGGACGUGGACGUGGACGGGACGUGGACGUGGACGUGGACGUGGACGUGGACGUGGACGACGUGGACGUGGACGUGGGGGACGGACGUGGACGUGGACGUGGACGGGACGUGGACGUGGACGACGUGGACGUGGACGUGGACGUGGACGUGGACGUGGACGACGUGGACGUGGACGGGCGUGGACGUGGACGUGGACGUGGACGUGGACGUGGACGUGGACGUGGACGUGGACGUGGACGUGGACGUGGACGUGGACGUGGACGUGGACGUGGACGUGGACGUGGACGGGACGUGGACGUGA